CCGGAAGAGUGUGAACAGGAUUGGCGACAACAAAUAUACGGCCCUAGAGUAGAGGACACACCAUACUAAGACACUUCAUUUUCACGGAAUUGUGUGUUCGUUUAGUAUUUUUUUGUCGAUUUAUUCAGUGAACAUGGUGUUUUAAGAUGUAAGUGCUGCGUUGGACGCGAGAAUAUUAGUCGCAACAGCUUCACGCCCCUAGAGAGAAGCUGUUUUUCAUAUUGCCUUCAAACCUGCUGGACGGGGUUAUUACAGCAUUUAGUUUGGUCGGGAGGUGACAGGCAGAUUUGCUUGAAGGAAUAUUCCGGAGUGUUGCCGAAAUCGGUGACCUAUCAUACGGAAGCCCUGAACCGCAAGUAUUAUUCAAAGUGCUCAUUUGCAGUCCAGAAAUUGACAUCUGGCUACCAUGAGGCUGGCAGUGGCCCUGCGUGCAGUUGUUUUGGUUCUUCUCCUGGGGUUCACAUGGCUUCUAGCCAAUUCUAUGCUAGGAGGGGAUGGUAACUCGGUAAUACGGAUGAUCUUUAAUGGUGGACAAGAAGAGCCCACUCCAGAACCAAGACCACGCAAGUUCAGCUGUGGCCUGUCAGCCCCAUGCCCUCCCAAACAUCUCGCAUUCCGACUGGUCUCUGGUGCUGCCAAUGUCAUCGGCCCCAAAAUAUGUCUGGAGGAUAAAAUUCUUGUCAGCAGUGCCAAAAACAAUGUUGGCAGAGGCCUCAAUAUUGCUUUAGUAAAUGGGGUUAGUGGAGAAGUUUUGGAAAUAAAAGCAUUUGAUAUGUGGGCAGGAGAGGUUUCAGAGCUACUGAAGUUUCUUCGGCCUCUCCAUGAGGGAACACUGGUAUUUGUCACUUCUUUCGAUGACCCAGCUAGCAAGUUGAAUGAUGAAGCUCGGCGGCUGUUUGAGGAGCUGGGGAGCACAGCAGUAAAGGAAUUGGCUUUCAGGGACAGCUGGGUGUUUGUUGGAGCCAAAGGAAUAGAGAAUAAGAGCCCAUUUGAACAGCGAAUGAAGAACAGUAAAAGCAGUAAUAAGUAUGAAGGCUGGCCUGAGUCUCUGGAGAUGGAUGGCUGUGUUCCUCUGCGUGCUCCUUUAGAGACUUAAGUUCUCACUUUGCGGACUUUGAACUGUAGAAAUACCUCCAGCACAUGGAACAAAGAGCUCUACAUUCAAAAAUUGGCUUCAUUUCAGAAAGUGAAAAAUCAUGGAUUACUUGGCUACUUAAGAAUUUUACUCAUUAGAAGGUUCAAGGUGGAUUGCUCUGUGAGGUGUUUAUGUGCAAGGUGAAUUAAGAAACUAAUGACAAUAUAACUGGAAGAAGUUAUCUGGUUCAUUGGAUUAGAACUGUUGUGAUUGAUAAAAGAAGAACAGUUUAUAUAGAAAAAAUACUGGCACGUGAAUUAUUUUGAAUUUUAACAAUAUUUAAAUGGUAUAUUUAAAAAAGUUAUAUUCAGUUUAAAAUGUGACACAGUGUGUACAAAAGAUGUAUCUAGCUGUUGCUAAGUCAAAGUCAGCAUUAUUGUCAUUUUACCAUUGCAGGGAUGAGAGAAAUAUGGUUUCCCAGGAAACCUUGGAGCAUACACUGAACAUACAAACACAGACACAGUCACAGUAGCACCAUGUUACAAGCUGACAAUUAUACACAUGAAGGACAAUAGAGACCAUAGACAUAUAAAUACGAGCAAUAGACUAGUGGUGCAAAACCAUACACAAUAUAAAUACGAACAAUAGAUAAAGUUGAAGGAAAACAAUAUACAUUUACAUUAAGAGACACUGGGGAUUGUAUGGGCUCAUGAUAAUAUUAGUGUCAUAGUUUUUUUUUUUUUAAUUGAUACAGUUUUCAUACAGGUGUAUAGUUUUGUUCUAUUUGAAAUAAAUUUCCUCUUGGAUGAAAUGUUGAUGUAUUGAAAAAGGAUUUAGGUUAGAUUCAACUUUAUUGUCAUUGUGCAGAGUACAGGUACAGAGCCAAUGAAAUGCAGUAGUUUUCACAUAUCCCAGCUAAGCUGGGGUCAGAGCGCAGGGUCAGCCAUGAUAUGGAGCCAUUGGAGCAGAUGGGGUCAAGGGCCUUGCUCAAGGGCCCAACAGUGGCAUAAUGGCGGUGUUUGGACUUGAUUCCCCGACCUUCUGGUCAGUAACCCACAGCCUUAACUGCCAAGCCACCACUGACCCAUUUAAAGGGAUAGUUCAACCAAAAAUGAAAAUUCUCUCAUUUACUCACCCUCAUGCCACCCCAGAUGUGUAUGAUUUUCUUCUGCUGAACACAAAUAAGGAUUUUUAGAAGAUUAUAAAUUCUCCUCCCUGCCUAGUAGGUGGUGAUAUGCACAAAGAAUGCGAACUGCCAAAAACAGAAUAAUGUGAAAGUGGAGAUUUAUAGUAAAAAAAAAAAAAAAAAAGUACUUAAAUAUUGAUCACACACAUUUAUCAUUUCACUUCUGAAGAGAUGGAUUUAACCACUGGAGACAUAUGGAUUACUUUUAUGCUGCUUUUAUCUGCUUUGUGGACCUUCAAGUUCUGGCCAAAAUUAACUUGUAUUGUAUAGACCUACAGAGCUGAAAUAUUCUUCUAAAAAUCUUCGUUUGUGUUUAGCAGAAGAAAGAAAGUCAUACACAUAUGGGAUGUCAAGAGGGUGAGUAAAUGAGACAUUUUCAUUUUUGGGUGAAUUAUUAUUUAAAUGUUUCGAUGCAAUGUAUUUGGCUGAAAUGUUUCAAGGUUCAUCAAGGUUAUUUAUUUGAUACAGUUUAGGACAGCUUUUGGAGGGAUACAAAUUUGUCUUCAAAUAAACUCGAAGAGAUUUAU